UUCUCGGGUGAACAGUGAUAAGCAGACAAGGGGUUUUUUUCACUUCAGAUUUUAAAGAUGCCAAGAGCAAGAAGCAGAACAAAGCGCCGUAUGAAGAAUAAAAAAGUCUAUUAAACACUGCAAAUAUGGGAAAUAUUUCCUAUCGAUGGAGCAGAGCCUGGAUAGUACACAUACUAAUACUCAGAACUUGUGAAGGUUUCAUUAAUUGUUCUGGACAGAUCGCCGUUAAACCUUCUUUGGUUGUCCCAAUGCGAACAAAUGUAUCUAUAACUUGUGUAUCUGAAAUGAAAGACUGUCCGAAACCAGGCACGAUAACAGUAUUGCUCAAUAACAAAUCCGUUAAAACAGACUGGACGAAUCAGACAUCAGCUGGUGUUCAUCUCUAUAAUGUCAGACAUUCUUACUCUAUCUACUGCUCUAUCAGCUGCAAUGGAAGAAAUCAUGCAAUAUGCUGGAAAGAUUUAAAAGUUGGAUAUCCCCCAGAUCCUGCCAUUAAUUUAACUUGUUCAUCUGGUGAAAAUUCAAGCAUAAUGACCUGUACUUUGAAAAAAGGAUGGGAGACACAAAUAAGCACUGAAUAUACAGUGCACAUCAAAAAUCUGCAGACAGAUGAAUAUCACCAAAUAAAUUUCAAACGCAGCACAUACAAUGUGACAAUUCCAGUGAAUAAAUCACGUGACAAGUCAUUCGAAGUUUUUGUUGAAGCCAGAAAUGACUUGGGGCAGUCAAAAUCAGAUAUUCUGCAUAUUCAUCUGAACAAUAUAGUGAUUCCUGUCACACCUGCCAUCGAGAUUCAAGUCCUUAACUCACAUUUCAAAGUCCUCGUCCACUGGAAACACCAAACAUUAUCACAUUUACACUACUGUCAACUGGCAUACAGAGCUGAAAAUGAGACAAUGUGGACUUUGGUUAAUGAACAAGCACUCAACCAGUCAAAUAUCCUUAUAAUGAAAAAUAAUUCAGAAGCACAAGCCCUGAGAGUCCGAUGCAGAGAAGAGACAGGAAAAAGUUACUGGAGUAGUUGGAGUGAUCCCACAGACAUUCCACAGAUAGCUCCCAUGGUCAUGUUUGAUCUCUGGAGAUCUCUUGGUCCAGUGCAUUCCAAUGGAAGUCAGGAAGUUACAGUUUUUAUAAAGUCAAGGGCCCCUGAAGUUCCAUGGAGAAGAGCCUUAGGAUAUAAACUGUUCUUCAUAAAUGGAAGCAAAGAAACUGUUAUUGAAAUUUGUAAAAAAUCUCAAAUCCAGUGCAAAACGCUAGUACCCAAAGGAAUAAAGACCAUCUUUGUUUCAGCCUUCAAUUCAUAUGGAGACUCUCAUCCAAGUUUGGUUACUGUUUUACAAGAUCCACAGGACAGAGAGGCUUUCCCAGCACCACAAAAUCUAAUAGUCAGAUCAGGAAUUGGAAUUCAAGUCCUGUGGAAUCUUCCAAAAGGAUCUGAAGCAUCUGUUCUUUGGUUCAUCAUUCAGUGGGUGCUUCCUUGUGAUGGAAAACAAGAUGUUUUAUGGCAUAAAAUUCCACAGGAGCAAAGAAGCUUUGUCAUUAAAGAUAAGAUAGAUGCAGGAAGUAUCAUAAACAUUUCCCUAUAUGCAAUAUAUAGCAGUGGUCUCAGCAGACCUUGUGUUGGAUAUGGGUUUUCAGAAGAAUUAGAACCAAAAACUGGUCCAGAUGAAAUAGUUGAAAAAUCCACUGGAGAACAGACACUGAUUCAGUGGGAGGAGAUUCCUUUGUGUGAUAAAAAAGGCUUAAUCACGGGCUAUACACUGCAUGUGACUGAAGAAUCGACAGGACAAACCACCAGAUAUGAAUCAACAACAAAGCAAUACACAUUUCACAACUUAAAUUUGGGAGCACUUUAUACAGUUUGUCUAACUGCUUCAACAAAAGCUGGAGAAGGUCCUUGUGGAAAACAUAUAUUACUUAAAAAGGAUACAAGCCUGUACAAUUAUACUAAGCUCUUACUGGGAAUAAGUGUUGGUGUUAUGAUCUUGUCAGCUUUCACUGUGACUUUACUGUGCAAAAAGUCAGUACAAGCUAGACUAAAAGCAUUUGUAGUACCCUUAACCCCAAAUUUUCUUCAUGAAAAAUUUCCUCAUGUUGAAAAGAGCACAGCCAUAAAGUCUUUACAGGGAUCUGUGGGUGUCUCUGAGCCAUGCAUCAUCAAUUCUUACUAUGACCCUGAUAUUACUGAAGUGGAAGAGCUUUUAAAAGAGGAAUCCUAUAGUAACCCUGACCCAUCUGUGCAAUAUAGCAGCGUGGGGAAGCAUAAUGAGGCCAUCAAUCUGGACAAAUCAUUUUCAGCGCAUGUGGUUAUUAAUAGUAAUUUUCCUGAGCAAAUGUUGGGAUACAUGCCUCAAACUGCAAGAAGAAAUGUUCCUAGGAGAGACUCCUACUGUAGCCCUGCUCAUAUGUUAACUAUUCAACUAGCUGCAUUGAAGUCACAGACUGCAAGGGACAACACUUCUACACGUGACAAUUCAUUUGUUGAGAAAUGUGGCACGGACAUGGAACCAACUCUUUUUCCAGAUUCACAAACUCUUAUAAAUAGCAAUAUUGCUAAACAGCUCUUGGAGGCUUUUCCCAGUGCUUCUUUGGAAAACAUAGAAAGACAAUUAUCUGGGAAUAUCAUGGGAGGAAUUACCGUUCCUAGAGAAGAAGCAACGUGCUGCUUAACUACUACAGAUGCCGAUUUUUUAGUCACAAAGACUUAUUUUCCGCAGGUGUUUGAAAGAAAAACAUAGUGUAUCUUAUGUGACUGUCUGCAUUAUACACCUUAUUAAUGAAUUCACUCUCGUCUGGCUCCUUCCUGGGCAAGGAGAAGCAUUACCACUUCACUUAAACGCUAAGAUAGGAAAUUAAACAAGUCAGCUUUGUGUAUGUUGAAGAAAAACGACUGGUGGGAUGGCAAGUUCGCUUAAAGGAGAACCCCCAUUCACCCCCAAGUGAAUGUAUUUACUUAACUGAAACCCCGGGGUUAUUACAAUGAGCACCAUGGAGCACUUCUCCUUUAUGCACUAAUGUAGGUUUCUAUAAGUAAAUAGUAUACAUAUAUUUUUGUUACUAUCAUGUCAUGAUAUGGUUGCAUUGUA